CCAUCAGCACUAUGAAGACUAUCAUCCUGCUGUGUGUAUUUGUUAUCCUGCCGGAUAGAUCAACGACGGACAAGAGCCAUCCAACAAUUCAAAAAAAGCUGCAACAAAAGUUGGAAAACACACCCUGGACAUGGAAACUCGCGGAAUCUCGCAUUCAGAAAGAUCACCCUGUUUCCUUCAAUGUUAAUCUUGUCUCCACAUACAAAGUGACUGGAAUCAUUAAGGAUAAAUAUCCAAAGAGUAAGUUGAAAGACUGUGCAACCAUAAUGAAGAAAUAUCCAGAUAAAAAGUGGCACGACGGAGUGUAUACGAUUUAUCCGGACCUUAAAACAAAGAAACGCGUGUUCUGUGACAUGACAACAGAAGGGGGUGGAUGGACGGUUAUUCACAAAAGAGUAGAUGGAUCGACAAACUUUUACAGGGACUGGAAAACCUACAAAACUGGAUUUGGUGAUGUACAUAAAAAUUAUUGGAUAGGAAACGACGCCCUACACUUACUGACAAAGUCAGGGAACCACGUCCUUCGUGUGGACCUUCAGAAAUUUAACGGUCAGAAGGCGUAUGCUAAAUACUCCAAGUUCUCUGUUGGUGACGAAAGCAGCAAGUACAAACUAACUGUGUCAGGAUACAAGGGCACGGCAGGUGACAGUUUGAGCUACCACAACGGAAUGAAGUAUUCAACAAAGGAUCAGGACAACGACACAUAUGGCAAAACAUGUGCAAUCAUACGACAUGGAGCGUGGUGGUAUAAGCAAUGUAAUCAUUCAAACCUGAAUGGGAUGUAUGCGAAUUCUCCAGUGGUCAAUGCCAAAUACAUGUAUUGGUAUCAUUGGGGAAAUAAUCAGGAAUCAUUGAAAAGAGCAUCCAUGAUGAUUCGACCAUGGUAUACUAUGAAGGCUAUCAUCCUGCUGUGUGUAUUUGUAAACCUGCUGGGUAGAUCAUUGAUGGACAAGAGCCAUCCGACAAUUCAGAACAAGCUGCGACAACAGCUGGAAAACACACCCUGGAAAUGGAAACUCUCGGAAUCCCGCAUUCAGAAAGAUCACCCUGUUUCCUUCAACGUUAAUCUAGUUUCCACCUACAAAGUGACUGGAAUCAUUAAAGACAAGUACCCAAUGUUGAGAGGCUGUGCAACCAUAUUUAAGAAGAAUCCAAAGAGAAAGAGGCAAGAUGGAGUGUAUGUAAUUUAUCCGGAGCUUAAAACAAAGAAGCACGUGUACUGUGACAUGACAACAGAGGGAGGCGGCUGGACGGUUAUUCACAAAAGACUAGACGGGUCGACAAACUUUUACAGGGACUGGAGAGCUUACAAAACUGGAUUUGGUAAUGCCAAUCACAAUUAUUGGAUAGGGAACCAUGUCCUCCGCGUGGACCUUCAGAAAUUUAACAAUCAGAAGGCGUACGCUAAAUAUUCCAAGUUCUCUGUUGGUGACGAAAGCAGCAAAUACAGACUGAUUGUAUCAGGAUACAGCGGCACGGCAGUAUUUUAUGGACCAUCGAGAAUCCCGUUACAGCAAUCAGCAAAGAUGGCUUCCAGACCAAAACAAAGACGAACUAAACCUGCGUCCAAUCCAACCAUUGUUCCUGCAGCUGAACAAGUCACCGCUCAACCAGGUCCAAGCUCCCCCUUGCCUGAUGUUAGUGUCAUAUUCCAGACAUGCAUGGCACAAGUCAUGCCGACUAUAGAGGACACUUUUAAAAAGUGCAUGGAAAAUUAUUUCCAACAAACUCCUUCAUCGACUGCCAGGUCUCCAAGUGCCAACCUUUCGCAGUCUCCACCAGCUCCGUCCCUUCUACAAGAACUUACAGGAGACAUCCAGCAAGGGAUCUUGGGUACCAAUGAUUGCCUUUUCUCAGGUACCCUCCCCAAUGCCCCUUCAGUUAAGACAGCAAUUCACCUUACUUUGGGUAUUGACCAAAAAAUUCGCACUAAAAUUCACAGUGGGGAAUACGUCAAAUUUGCCUCACUUCUCCAACCUGCUGAGGCAGACUCUGAUAGUAAUUCCAAUUAUCACACUGUGGAUAAAGACGGUCAGUUAGUCUUUAUUAAAGCCGCUGACAAACCCACAGUUAAUUCUUUGACCAGAUGGAUGGAAUGUUUUCACAUUUUUGUAGCUAUCUACUCUGAAAAAUUCCCACAAGAAGUACCAAAUUUGAUGGCCUAUGCCCAAUUCAUCCAAAAUCUUUCUCGCUCCAGUGGAGACAAGGCAGCCAUUACUUAUGAUGAGCGAUUUAGAUUAUGGCGCCAACAGGACCCUGAGUCCUGUCCUUGGCAGCAUAAGAAUCUUGAACUAUUCCAAGAAGCAAUAGUGCAGGGAUCGUCCUGCCCACACCCCCAUGUGUGCCAAUAUUGCGCCGCCAAGCACCACCGCAGGCAAUGUCCCUCCAGACCAAAAACCAAUAGUAAGGCAGAUGCCAAGCCCACGAAUGCCUCCAACAAGGCAUUGCCCCCUUUAACAAACUAUGAUCUCAGUAUUGUUUCACCCGUUAAUGUUCACUACCUCCAGCAUUAUCUGUCAGGGUAUGACCAAGCCCUCUCUAAUUUCCUCAUUGAUGGGUUUUCUUUUGGUUUUAAAAUUCCCUACAUUGGCAAGUUUCGAUUAUCUGAUAACCUAUCCUCUCUCAAGGGGAAGGAACAUAUUUUGUUUGACAAAAUCCAAAAAGAACUUGAAGCCAAACGAAUAGCAGAACCUUUCAUGUCACCCCCAUUUCCCAAUAUACAAGUGUCCCCCUUGGUGGGAGAGGGGGCUCUCUUGGCUAAGACCGACCUAGAAAAUGCUUACAAGCAAAUACCUAUUCAUCCUGGCGACUUUGAGCUGCUAGGCUUUCGGAUAUCCGGUUCCUUUUUCUACGAUAAGACAUUACCUUUUGGUUUAAGCUAUACUUGUCAACUUUUCGAGAAAUUCAGUUCAGCUUUGCAGUGGAUUCUAGAAAACAAAUUUCAGCAAAUGACUUUCAGCACUAUGAAGACUAUCAUCCUACUGUGUGUAUUUGUUAUCCUGCCGGAUAGAUCAACGAUGGACAAGAGCCAUCCAACAGUUCAGAAAAAGCUGCAACAACAGCUGGAAAACACACCCUGGACAUGGAAACUCGCGGAAUCCCGCAUUCAGAAAGAUCACCCUGUUUCCUUCAACGUUAAUCUUGUUUCCACCUACAAAGUGACAGGAAUCAUUAAAGACAAAUACCCAAUGUUGAGAGACUGUGCAACGAUAUUGAAGAAGAAUCCAAAGAGGAAGAGGCAAGAUGGAGUAUAUGUAAUUUAUCCUGAUCUUAAAACAAAGAAACGCGUGUACUGUGACAUGACAACAGAAGGGGGCGGAUGGACGGUUAUUCACAAAAGAGUAGAUGGAUCGACAAACUUUUACAGGGACUGGAUAACCUACAAAGCAGGAUUUGGUGAUGUACAUAAAAAUUAUUGGAUAGGAAACGACGUUCUACAUUUGCUGACCAAAUCGGGCAACCACGUUCUUCGUGUGGAUCUUCAGAAAUUUAAUGGUCAGAAGGCGUACGCUAAAUACUCCAAGUUCUCCGUUGGUGACGAAAGUAGCAAAUACAGACUGACUGUGUCUGGAUACAGUGGCACCGCAGGGAAUAGCUUGACAUACCACAGCGGUAUGAAGUUUUCAACAAAGGAUCAGGACAACGACGUAUAUAAAGGAGACUGUGCAGCAAUACGUAUAGGAGCUUGGUGGUAUCGUUCCUGUGGUCAUGCGAACCUGAAUGGACAUUAUGCUAAUUCUGCCGUAAACAAUGCGAAGUACUUUAGCUGGUAUCACUGGGGAAGUAAGUAUGAGGCAUUGAAAAGAGCAUCCAUGAUGAUCCGACCUUGGUAAUAGAUAUCUGUCAAUAAAUGAAAUAAAGAAUGUGUACACAGA